AUGACGCAUCAGCAGCGCCGAGUCGCACCGGUUGAGUGUCCGCUGGCAUCCCUGGGCCGUAAUACACCCUCUAUGGACACCCGGCAGUACCACCAUCCCCUCAGCUCGAGCCCGCUGGACCCGCAGGCCUACCAGAUGUCCCGCAGUUCCCCUAUCUUAGGACUCGAAUCGGACCUAUAUCCUCCCGACUCCGGAGGGCUGAUGAAGGUCGAACAAUCGGAAGUAGUUCCAGAUGGUGGUGGAGGUGGUGGAGGUGGAGGUGGAGGUGGAGGAGGUAUUAGAAACGGUGGGGCAUCACGGCUGUCGCGCAGUUCGUCUUCAUCGCUCGAUCAGAAUGGUUCAUUCCUACACCAGGCACUCCCAUUGCCACCGCAUCCACCACCGGCGGUGAACGGACAUGGCCACCGGAGGGAACACUAUCGGCCAAUGCGGCCACGAGCCUAUACCCCGAUCGAUGCCUUGCUAACCAAUACCUACCAGCAGCACCACCAACGUUUGUCGCCGGUUCUGCGCGUUCCACCCGGAGGUGCACCCUCCUACCAUCACACCGAGGAACGUGGCUCCCCGGCGCUCGGUGGGCUCUCCGAAGCCGACCGGUACUUCCUGGAGGAAAAGAUGGAUGCCCUCUACAUCCAAGGUGCCAUCCGGCGCAAUGCCAACGCCACCCCGUCCAGCCUGACCCGCAAUCAGUCAGGCAGCAGCAACAACACCGAACGGUACUACCUCGAGAACGAGAACAUUGACGCGAUCUACAACUUCUGCCGGAGGAACGUCAAUGGUGGAGGUAGCAACGGUGGAAGUGGUCCAUCGGUCGGUUCAGUCGCCGCACUAAACGCACACAAUGCUUCCUCCUCCUCCGCUAAGGCGUCCUCGCAGUCCCAGUCACAAGCCACCGACUCCAGCUCGCCACAUUUACUGCGGCGAGCUUCCAGUCCGGAAACGAGUGGCUCCGAUCGGUAUCUGCUCGAUCGGAUAAGAGGCUCACCGGCAUUUCGUAGCCCUCGGGGAACGCAUCUGAAGGCCGUCGGAUCAGCGGACUAUGUCGAUGGAAGAAUUCCACUCACCAAAUCGCAACAUUUCGCCGACGGUCUAUCACGGUACGGUCGGUUCUCGCCCAACCUUGAUCAAGGUUAUCACACACUAGUAUCACCGUCACCAUCUGGCCAGCAGCAAUCCUCGAUACCGGCUUCUUGGACCACUGCGGCCACGACAACUCCGACGGCUACCAAUGGCAACUCGACAAACUCGAGCCACGGUAGCCCAGCACAAACUACUACUAUGGUCGGGGGAAACCGACCACCAGACGGUACGACCAUCCUAACCAGCCUCUCGAACGGACACGGUCAGAGUCCGUACCGGGCCGGGCCUCUGUUCGAUCGAAUACCGGACGAGCUGAUGGUGCGCAUCUUCGAGUGGCUGGAUAGCAGCGAACUGUGCAAUAUUGCCCGCGUGUGCCGGCGGUUCGAGUCGGUCAUCUGGAACCCGGCACUGUGGAAGAUCAUCAAGAUCAAAGGUGAAGAGAACAGUGGCGAUCGAGCGAUCAAGACCAUCCUCCGGAGAUUGUGUGGUCAGACGAGAAAUGGUGCUUGUCCGGGCGUGGAGCGGGUCCUACUCGCCGACGGCUGUCGACUAACCGACAAAGGGCUGCAGCUUCUAUCACGACGGUGUCCGGAGAUUACGCAUCUACAGAUACAGAACAGCGUUACCAUCACCAACCAGGCGCUGUCGGAUCUGGUGACCAAGUGUACCAAUCUGCAGCAUCUAGAUAUAACCGGUUGUGCUCAAAUUACGUGCAUUAACAUAAAUCCUGGACUGGAGCCGCCUCGACGGUUACUUUUGCAAUAUCUGGACCUAACUGAUUGUGCCUCAAUCUGCGACGCCGGCAUCAAAGUCAUUGCCCGGAACUGUCCCCUGCUGGUGUAUCUGUACCUUCGCCGGUGUAUACAAGUAACAGAUGCUGGACUUAAAUUUAUUCCAAAUUUCUGUAUCGCCUUGCGCGAACUGAGUGUAUCGGACUGCACCAGCGUGACGGACUUCGGGCUGUACGAGCUGGCGAAGCUAGGUGCUACCCUCCGCUAUCUUUCGGUGGCCAAAUGCGACCAGGUUUCCGACGCGGGCCUCAAGGUGAUCGCACGGCGAUGCUAUAAGCUCCGGUACCUGAACGCCCGUGGCUGUGAGGCGGUCAGCGACGACUCGAUCAACGUGUUGGCUCGAUCCUGUCCACGGUUACGCGCCCUGGACAUUGGCAAAUGUGACGUGAGCGAUGCGGGACUGCGUGCCCUCGCCGAAAGCUGCCCAAACCUGAAGAAGCUGAGCCUCCGCAACUGUGAUAUGAUCACCGAUCGGGGGAUCCAGUGCAUCGCGUACUACUGCCGUGGGCUACAGCAGCUCAACAUCCAGGACUGCCAGAUAUCGAUCGAGGGCUACCGGGCGGUGAAGAAGUACUGCAAGCGAUGCAUCAUCGAGCACACGAAUCCGGGAUUUUGCUAG